AUGAGUUUUGAUAAUGAAGAGGAUUUAUUAUAUGCUCAAAAGCAAGCAUUACCGAUUUCAAAAGAAUCUGGUGAUCCCAUUUCCGAGUAUUUAUUAGCUGUUAGGAAAGAAUCUCUUGCUGGACCACCAGUCACUUUUAUUACCAAUCGUCCAACGUCAUCAAUCGUACCAACUCCCAAGUCUCUGCCUGAAAUUGACCGCACUCAAAUUUCAGAACAUUGGUCUUCUGAAUUGAUGAUUCAAUUUUUAUUUCUUAAAGAAGAAUUACUGAAAAUACAACAUUCAUCCCCAACAGCCAAUCCUUAUGUCCCAGAAACUACAGCUAAUUGGAGAAAGUUUUUCUUAGAACCACCCCCAGAAAUAAGCUAUUUUUUCAUUGUAAUAGAUAGACAAACCGUUUUCAGGUUACUUGUUUAUAUAACAAGAUGGUUAAGUAUCACAUCAAGACCUACAUUAUCACAAUGGAUUUGGAAAUUGUUUUUACGUAUUGAUAAUGUCUUGGAUGCAAAUGAAUGUUCUAUAAUACGUGAUCUCGGUAAAAAGGCAAGAAUAAUAAAAUCAAAACAAUUAAAAGAUGAAAAUAAAUCUACAGUUGAUUCUAUUUCAAAAUAUACCACUGAUAUGAUUCUAAUAAUAGUAGGCAAUUAUUAUGGUCAAUGGGAUUUAUUACAAGGGUAG